GUAUUCUUCUAUAUAAUGUGACAAGACACUGAUUGAGUAGUGAGAAGGAGACGAAUGGCGAACUCGAACACGAUCACGAUCCACCACAAAGAAGUGGAUGAAAGGGAGGCCAUACCCCUGCUCACCCCAUACAAUAUGAGAAAUUUUAAUCUAUCUCACAGGAUAGUGUUGGCACCGUUAACACGAUCGAGGUCUUACAACUACGUCCCUCAACCGCAUGCAGCUCUAUAUUAUUCUCAAAGAACAACUAAAGGUGGCUUCUUGAUCGGGGAAGCCUCUGGGGUGUCUGAUACGGCAGUUCAUGGGUACCCUAAUACACCUGGCAUUUGGAAAACUGAGCAUGUGGAAGCUUGGAAACCAAUUGUGAACGCUGUUCAUGAAAAGGGGGGUGUUUUCUUUUGUCAACUUUGGCACGCGGCAAUAGUCUUCAACGAUGAAUACGAACCAGAUCAUGGCCAAGCUGCAAUAUCCGGCACAAACAAUCCAGUUGAUAAGGAUAUCACCAACAAUAAAGCAACAACGACUCUUUCUGGGAGUGUGACAACGGAUGAAAUUUCAAAAUUUGUCAAUGACUUCAAAAUGGCGGCCAAAAAUGCCAUAGAAGCAGGUUUUGAUGGGGUGGAGAUACACGGAGCGAACGGGUACUUACUGGAUCAAUUCCUAAAGGGAAAAGUGAACGACAAGUAUGGAGGUAACAUAGAAAAUCGUUGUCGGUUCCCACUGCAAGUGGUGAAGGCAGUUGCUGAUGAGAUUGGAGCAGACAAGGUUGGGAUUAGGCUCUGCCCUUUCCCUGAUGAGUCUGAUCAGUGUGACCCUCAAGCACUGGCUAUUCAUAUGGCUCAAUCACUGAAUGAACUGGGAAUUCUAUACUGCCACAUGAUUGAACCCAGGAUGGUAACACAAGUCAACACCAAAUGGUCUCUAUUGCCAAUUAGAAAGGUCUUCAAGGGGACAUUUAUUGUGGCUGGUGGUUACAACAGGAGUGAGGGAAACGAAGCUAUAUCAAGUGGUGCUGCCGAUUUGGUCGCAUAUGGACGCCUUUUCUUGGCGAAUCCAGAUCUGCCCACAAGAUUUCAGCUCGAUGCUCAGUUAAACGACCCCGAUCCUACUACCUUUUGUAUACCUGAUCCUGUGCUUGGAUAUACCGAUUACCCAUUUCUUCAACAUAUAUAGCUAUAGCCCCAACCCCGUUAGUAAUCAUCAUCUUUGGACUUGUACCAUCUUUUAUUAUGCCUUUGCUUAGCCUUGUCCACUCAAACCAUUCUGCUCGGGUUGCAUUUAUUAACUUAGGGUUUAUGAAAUUUCAUUUGUUAUACUUAUAGUUUUAUUUUUAUUUUUUUUAUCUUCAAUCUUUAAUAUUAGUGUUUGUUGCCUUUGUUAAGUGGUGAGCAUGCCAAUUUAAUCCCACAUAAUUAUAUUGCUGUUUAGA